AUGUCCCGACGGAGCGCCAAUGCUACUAAUCAUGGCGGAAGGGAUGGCGGCGCAGCCUCCGCCGGCGCGGCUUCCGCCGACGGGCUUGGCGGAGGAGAGGCGCGCGGCGUUUGCGGCGGCGGCGGCGGCGGAGGUGAAGGAGGCGGCUUGCGCGCGGAGCAGCUGCAGCGCGCCGAUAUGGCGGUGGUCGGCGCGCCGGCUGCCGCGAUCAUGCUGCCACGUGUCGCUUAUAAGGCGGUCCACGUGGCGGAGUUCGAGAAGCAGUGCCAGGCGCUAGUGCAGGACCUCCGCAUUGCGUUGGACGUAUGUGAGGCGGUGGAAGGAGCACAGCUAGCAGAAAGAGACAUCAGCGUGCACGACCUCAUCAUCCCCUCCAUGGAAGAGCUCGUGGCCGCCACUGUGCCUUACCUCUGCUGUUGGUCCUCUCUCCCCGUGCCAAUGUCUUGCGCUGCUAAAGUGCGUUCCCCCAAUUCCGCCCUUCCCUCUCUCUCUCCCCCUCGCAGCGUGCAUGAUCUCAUCAUCCCCUCCAUGGAAGAGCUCGUGGCUGCAAUCUGCUGCGCAUCAUCAAUUCCAACCACUCUCCUCCCCUCUCUCCUCCCUCUCUAUCCCUAUCCCUCUCCCCCUCGCAGCGUGCAUGAUCUCAUCAUCCCUUCUAUGGAAGAGCUCGUGGCCGCCACUGUGCCUUACCUCUGGUCGCCCAAGCAGUCAACGCAGUCAGCUAAGUCAGGAGCAAGGUCAACGCAGCCAGGAAGGUCAACGCAGCCGGGAAGGUCAAGACAGUCCAAACAGUCAAGUGGGAAGGCUGCAGAGCCACCGGCGCACAACAAGGGCAAGGAGAGUGGAGCUGGCAGGGCACGCAUGCAGAGAGCUGAGGUAGCGCACGCGGGCGAGGAGGGGAUGGAGGGGAUGGAGGGGAUGGAGGGGAUGGAGGGGAUGGAGGGGAUGGAGGGGGGGAUGGAGGGGAUGGAGGGGGGGAUGGAGGGGAUGGAGGGGGGGAUGGAGGGGGGGAUGGAGGAAGAGGGGAUGGAGGGGGGGAUGGAGGGGGGGAUGGAGGGGGGGAUGGAGAGGGGGAUAGAGGAAGAGGGGAUGGAGGUAGAGGAGGAGGGGAGGGAAGAAGGGAGGGAGGAGGGAGUGUGUCAGCGAGAGGGUGUUACUGGAGCAGAGGAGGAAAGGGAUGAAGGAGUGGUGGAAAGGGAUGAAGGGGCGGUGGAAGGGGGAGAAAGAGAGGAUAUGAGGGGGGUGGGAGGCGAGGGAAGGAUGGUAAGAGAAGUGGAGCAGGAUGGUGGGAGGGAUGUGGAAAGGGGGAGGGGAGAUGGAGGGAGGGAGAGGGAGGAGGGGGGUGAGGCAGUGAGGGAAGCAGGCAGGGAGCAGCAAGAGAGAGGAAAGGAAGGGUACGUGGGGAUUGAAAAAGGGGAAGAGAUUGAGAAAGGGGAAGAGAUUGAGAAAGGGGAAGAGAUUGAGAAAGGGGAAGAGAUUGAGAAAGGGGAAGAGAUUGAGAAAGGGGAAGAGAUUGAGAAAGAGAGAGAAAAGCAGAAUGGGGAGAGCGAGAAGGAGAAUGAGAAGGAGGGUGAGAAGGAGGGCGAGAAGGAGGGUGAGAAGGAGAAUGGGGAGAGUGAGAAGGAGGAUGAGAAAGAGAAGGAGAGUGAGAGGGAGAAUGAGAGGAGGGCUCUGGAGCUGUACGGAAUGGCAGCGAGGGCGUUUGGCAUUCCCUUCCCGUCCCUCUCCCACACCGCCUCCACCCACUCCCUCCAACAGCAGCACCCGAUGGCAAACCGAAUGCAAAGGCCCGGUGCUUACUCCCUGGCGCCACCCCGUGUCCCCUCCCAUGCUCCACCCAACGUCCCACCCAUGCCCUUCAAUGCUGGCCCACACCCCCCCCCUCCGUGGGUGCUGUAUCCCCACCUGUGGCCGCCCCCUCUUCCUCCUCCCUCUCAUGCCGCCUCUAACCCGCCUUCUCGCCCCCCUCACCCUCCUCCUCAAUCCCCAUCUCACCCCCCUCCUGCAGCACCUUCAUCCUCCGCCCAUCCCUUUCCCCCAUACCUCUUCCCCAUGCCCUUUCCUCCCUUUGCGCCCUUUACUGCCUCCCUUCCCUUUCCUCCACCACCCUUGUCUCCUACAGCUGGUGAUGCCGCUGCUCUCGCUCAUACAGACACUGGCUCUAGACAUGCGAAGCCCAUGCAUACUGUGCGGCGUGUGGAAGCAGAGAGAGCUGAAGUUGGCGAAUGUGUGAGGGCCGCUGAAGCCGGGGAUGCAGAGAGUCUGGCUCUCACACCUGCAUCCCAUGAUGGCGCUGCUUCUGAAGCACAUGACAACGUGCACAUGGUGAUGGUAACACAAGGCGGGGUGGAUGCUCCUGGGUCGGAGAGAGCAGAUGGUGUGGUUGAUGUUCCGGUGUCAGCCACAGCAGACGCACACACCCAUGCCUCCCCGUUCAUGUCGCCUCUUCCUUCCCCGCCUCCCUUCCCCUCCUCGCCGCUCUCCCUGCCUUGUCUCUCUCUUGACACUCGCCUCUCGGAGGGGACGUGUGAGGGAGAGGAAGGAGGAGGAGGAGGGGGAGGAGGGAUGCUGGGAUGGGAAGAGGAGGAUAGAUGGGAGGGGGGAGGAGGGGGGGGUGAUCAAGGGAUGGUUGAGGGGGGAGGAGAGUGCUGUGAGGGGGUUGGGAUGGGGUGCCCCUCUCUCCCGCCCCAACCAUUCCCCUGGCACCCUGCUAUGCCUCCCUGGCACCAUCCACCCUUCCCAUCCGGUCAACCCCCAUACAGCCCCACGUUCCUCCCUCCUCCCAACAUGACACCUGCUGACUUCCACAAGUUGAUGCAGCGCCAGAUAAUGCCUCCCCUUGGCUGGGGACAGAUACCACCUGCUCUGGGAUCGGGUCAGAUACCACCUCCCCCUGGCUGGGGACAGGGUUGGGGAUGGUGGGGAGGUGCAGGCAGGGGCAGGGGCGGGGAGGAGGGAGAGGACGGCCGAGAGGGAGACCCUCGCCUCCUGCGCUCUCGCCUCACAGUGGACUGGCUUGUGCUCGUUGCCGAGACUCGCAGACAGUGCAUGGCCUCCGCCCCGCUGCACUCCCUGCGGCCCUUCCGAGCGCUGCAGCCACCACAGGAGGUGGCGCUGCGGGUGGAGGUGCCACAAGGAACGGAUUGCCUGCUCUGGCGCCCUUAUCUUCACCCCAAGCCCCUUCAGAGCGCUGCAGGCACAGCAGGAGGUGGUGCUGCGAUGCGAGUGGAGGGCGCCUUUGCCUUCACCCCAGGGCCCUUCAGAGCGCUGCAGGCACAGCAGGAGGUGGUGCUGCGAUGCGAGUGGAGGGCCCUUCAGAGCGCUGCAGGCACAGCAGGAGGUGGUGCUGCGAUGCGAGUGGAGGUGCUUCAAGGGACGGCUUGCCUUACCUGCGCUUAUGCCCACUUUCCCCCUCUACUUCCCGUGUCACAAGGGCUUUCCAGAGUGCUGCAGCCACAGCAGGAGGUGGUGCUGCGGGUGGAAGUUUUACAACAGGAGAAGCGGCAGCUUAAAGGGCAAGAGUUCCUAGUGCUGGGCAGCCAGCCGCUCACAGCCUUGAGGGACCGCAUCUACUGCCUCCAGGACAGGAUCGCGAGGGAGCAUGGCAAGUCGGUGCCGUCUGGGAGCUUCUGUAUCGAGGACGUUUUCUAUGAUGACAUGCGGCAGCCCAGUGCAGUGCGGUACAGUGCGGUGAUCGUCAAGUGGAACAGGGAGAAGCGGGCGGCAUGGUCAAUGCUGGACGAGAGGGAGCGCCGCCGCCACACCCCCCUCGCCCGCCUGCCCCUGCCCGCGCCCGUGCGCGGCAUGGCACUGGGUGGCAUAGGAUCAAUGGGACCAAUGGGAUCAAUGGGAACCAGCCACACGUUUCAAGAGGAUGGGGACCGUUUUGGUCAGCAGCAGCAUGAGCAUCAGCAGUACCACCAGGUGCAUCACCAUCAGCAGCAGCAGAGGGUGCGGCUGAGUCUAGGGGACGCCCCUCCCCCGGAGUACUCGUCUGCACGAAUGGAAACGACCCGGUUCAGAGACCUCACUGUGCGGCCAGGGGCUCUUUAUGUGUACAUGCACCAGGGUGCAUGCAAGCAUGCCUUUCGCAUCACUGACAUUCGCCUGCUGCACCCUCUGGACGCCCUCAACGCCUCCGAAUACCCCCUUCUCUCGCACGAGCCACGCUGCUACCUGCGCCGCUGCAGUGUGUGCGAUGUGAACGCAAGCACACGAGUGGUGUACCAUGAUAAAUUGCUCGCUGUUGACCCGUCCUUUCUGUGUGAGCAGUGUUACCACCUGUUACAUUAUGAUGAGGAGGGCAAUCUGUUGUAUAGUGAUUUCCAGGUGUACAAUUACUAUCAUGAAUAA